AUGAUUGGCGCGUUGAUGGGACCAGCGAUAACUUAUCUAUCGCUCAGAGAUAUGAAUACUGUACAGUUAUAUGACAAGUGUUACCGAUUGAGGUUUGAUAAGCAGCAACUAUGGCAGGAUCGCACGUGUGUAAUAUCGGCUGCUCUUGGUUAUUUGACCAACGGCUCAAUGGGAUUUGUAGUCGGUCUGGACUUGGCUGUACUGAUGAGCAAUCUUAUGGGAAAAGCCUGGUAG